AUGGUUGGAUGGACAGCAAGGCACUGGAGAUUCUUGGUUUUAGUGACCAUCAUAACUAUCGGUUAUUUUCUCUUCAAUGAGAAUGGAAUUCCACAAGUACUUCUUAGGAAAAGAACAAUUCAGUUGGAAGACGGAUCUACCCGAUCUCUAUCAGAAUCAUCAAAGCUUCUUCUAAAGUCUAGAGGCGUCAACUUUUUUGACAUAACGGGAAUAUUUGAUAACAAGGAACAGAUACCAAAGAAACAUUCUGUUUAUCCUGCAACUAUUGUGAAUAAGGGUCUAAUAACUGAGUUAGUUUCACUUAUAGAUAUGCAGUCUGUUCACGCUGAUAUCGCUACAUUAUCAUCAUUCUACUCGCGGUAUUAUAACUCAAAGCAUGGGCUCCGCAGUUCCGACUGGUUGUUCGAUAGAAUAGCAUCCAAGAUUCGAACAUCAGAUUUCUCAGACAGGGUCGUUUGUCUGAAAUUUUCACAUUCUUGGAAGCAAUACUCGGUGAUAGUUACCUUUAAGGGGCCAAAUUAUGGGAAACCGGAUGAUAAAAUUACGAUUUUUGGAUCCCAUAUUGAUUCUACGAAUUUGUUAUUCCCUCGUUAUAUUCUGUCACCUGGGGCUGAUGAUAGUGCAUCUGCUGUUGCUACUGUGCUUGAAGUGAUAUCAAGAAUUCUUUCCUCCUCACUAGAUCUAAAAAAUACUAUUGAAUUCCACUUCUACAGCGCAGAAGAAGGGGGCUUGCUUGGAUCACAAGAUAUCUUUCAAGAUUACUAUCAGCGAAAUGUACCAGUUAUGGCAAUGAUAAAUUUUGAUCAAAUUGGGUAUUCUCAAUCAACCCCUUUGCACAUCGGAGUAGUUGAAGAUUAUACAAGUAAAUCUCUAAAUGAUUAUAUAAAAUAUAUGAUCACCGAAGUAUGCAGCAUCAAUUUUGUGGAAACUAAAUGUGGAUAUGCUUGUUCUGAUAGUGGAAGUGCUGAUAAAUUUGGAUUCCCUAGUGCUUUGGUCAUUGAAGAUGAGUACACUAAAAUCAACAGAUUUGUUCACUCGCCCUUGGAUACCAUUGAUAGACUAAACUUUGAUUUGAUAUUAGAGUUCGUAAAAUUGGGAAUUGGAUGUGUUGUUGAAUUAGGAUCUUUUUAA